AUGAUGAUUGAGGCUGGCCGAGGGGACUCUGUAUCUUUGCUGAUCGCUCCUGCCUCCCGUCUUUGGCGCCAAUCUGCGCUAGGAAAUCCCCUGUCAUUUAGCCCACUUCAGUUCGGUCUCAAUGCGACCGAAGACCUAGGAAGGAACUCCCACAUCCAGUCUUUGCCUGGCUCUGUCAAUCUCACCUUAACCAACUUCAACUCUACUUUCAACCAUCAGUUCAGUUUGUCGAUCCCGUCAUUCGUUCAUACAACCUUUAGUCACUCGCUCUCGGCCGUCUGUUCAUGCGCUUUUACCGUUACUACUUCACCCCUCAACAUCCAACGAUCCGCGAUCCCAUCAGCAAACAUCAAUGAGUUCGUAGCACGAGAGAUUCGCUUUGUUCGCUUGGCCACGGUGAUGACGACGGCGGCAUCAUUUCGACAGACACCGGCGACCUGGAACUGGAGUGCAAGGACGCUGGAAACAACGACGCCAUCGAGAUCGAGGCAAUCUCUGGGAUUCCCAGUCUGGGUGUUGCUCGCGCUGCUCAUCAUUCCCUCAUUUCUGUCUGCGGGCACCGCAACUGCACAAUGUGGAGCCGACUUUGUAUUCCCCACGGAGAACCUGCGAGUCUUCUCUCUCGACACCAUCAACGUCACCUAUACUUCAACCUUUGACAAGCCGAGUCUUUCCUGUUGGUGUGGCACUUCAACCGACAAGGAAAAGACACUCUCGGCUCCCGCUACACUAAACCUUGCAAGACCCCCGGUGCCCCUCAAGGUACCCAGCCCUUUGGGUCACAGAUCUUUGCCCAAACUUUCGGCUCGAAUCGCUCUCCCCUCUAACGAAGCUACCUCAAUGAGGAAGAGGCUCAUGGCGUCAUUGCGAUCGCAGCGGACGGAAUGUAAUGGAACCACGCCCUUUCCGUUGAAUUUUUCUUCGACAUAUCCCUGCUGGCUCGAACUUCAAGCCGGUUCGGGCGAUUGCAGAGUCGAAAGUUCCAAGUUCUUCAUCUUGACCAAGGACCGCGAUCCCGACCAUCGUCUUCCGGCCACCAUCGGCCCCAGCGCGACCGUCAUCGCAAUUGACGUUUCCUCUACCGCAAUCCCAGGCCCUCCGCCACAUCCCGACGACCACUUUGCCCUCGGUGCUAGAAUCGCCCUGGGCGUUGGAAUCGCACUUGCUUGCUUCAGUGUGGGUGCCAUGGCCGCCUUCUUAUACUUUAGGCGCCGGAAGAAACAGCAGCAGGCCGAGCUGGCCAACGCCAUCGUCGCGAACGAGUAUAGACAGGGAAGGAAGGGUCCCGAGAAAAAGUUGUUUGGGGGAUUUUCGUCGUCAAAAACAUCGUCGGAUGGUCACCUAUACGAUACAGUUCAGCCAGUCUUUGACGGAUAUCCUGGAUCAACAGGCUAUGAUGAUGUACGGUCAAACAAUUCCAGCGACAUAUACGGCCAUUCUCCUGUGAUGCCACAUUCGCCUUCAUGGUCAUACAAUCAAGGACCUUGGGGUCACGAUGCUGCGACAGGAGCUGCGUGGGAGAGAAGUACGGAAAGAGCAGGGCUCGGAGGCGGGGUUGGAGUGACGGAGAAUUUGAGCAUCACCGGACGAGAACUCGAAGCUGCCCGCGCAAAGACUGUCCAGCCAAUUCCUACGUCAUACGGGCCGAACCCUGUCACUCCCACGCUAACGCCGCGGGCAAGUUCCAGGGGAGAACUUAACGAACGCGCUGCUGCCGACUCGAUUUCCCUUGACAGCCGGCUUGGAGUACCCCCUAUGCCUUUAAUGCCCCAGUUAUCUGCGGCCUCCGCAGCACCUCUCGGUGGCUAUUACCCCGAUUACUACAACUACGAACAGUACACCAUCCCUCCUCCAACCGAAGCUCCAACUCCAACGCCACAUCUUCCUCUUCCUUCAGUUCCCACUACGCUCCCACGACCAAACCCAACGACCUCACAAACCCAACGACCACAACCCCCGUUAAUCGUCUCAUAUGGACCCAACCGAGUAACGCCCACACCAGCUGUGACUUCGCCUACAGUGCCUCCCGACGAGUCCAUGAUUGAGAGACCACUUAGAGGAGUUGAAUUACAAGGCGAGCCUGCAUCUCCCAUCGAAAGGAGGCAUCCAUGGGAGGAUAUUGAUCUCCCGAGCGCCAGUAACAACGGUCCUUUACCACCAUACGCAUCGACAGAGGAGUACGCUGCAAUGGAAAGCGGCGCGAUCCGUAAGCUGGAGGAGCCAAGGGCGCAUGCUGAGCUGCCACCAACCAAAGAUGGCUACUACCAUUCUACAUACUAUAUUGUUGAGCACGAAUUGCCGGGUGACGAAUAUCAACGAGACCCUUUCCACCCGCAAGGUGGGUCAUCCGCGUCAGGACGUGGAAGGGAUAUCGAUGAGCAAAAGUUCUUGCUGGAUGAUGUUGAAAUGGCGCAUUUGAAGGCGCAGAAAGAACGAAUCCGCGCUGAGAUGAAGAAGAAGCAGAAGCAGAAGGAGACUUACCAGCAUGACCAGGGGCAUGACCAGGACUUCCUUGGAGCGUCGGCAAGCUUCUCAACACGGUAA